AUGUCUACGCCGGCUAGGAGGAGGUUAAUGAGAGAUUUCAAAAGAAUGAAGGAGGAUUCUCCGCCAGGGGUAUCGGCAUCGCCGUUGCCCGACAAUGUCAUGAUUUGGAAUGCGAUGAUUAUCGGACCAGCAGAUACGCCGUACGAGGACGGUACAUUUAGAUUAUUAUUGGAGUUCGAUGAGGAGUAUCCUAACAAGCCACCUCAUGUCAAAUUUUUAAGUGAAAUGUUCCAUCCCAAUGUAUAUGCGAACGGUGAGAUAUGUUUGGAUAUUCUUCAGAAUCGAUGGACUCCGACUUAUGACGUUGCCUCUAUUCUAACGUCCAUCCAAUCUUUAUUCAACGACCCUAACCCAGCAUCUCCUGCAAAUGUGGAGGCUGCCACAUUAUUCCAGGACCAUAAAUCUCAGUACGUUAAACGUGUCAAGGAAACUGUUGAAAAAUCAUGGGAGGACGAUAUGGAAGAUAUGGCUGACGAGGACGAUGAGGAUGACAAUUGA